UACUAGUUGUGUUAUGUGGCGGUACCUUGGUGGCAGUCAGAGGCAUGGAGGCAUGUGCUGGCCCCUCCUCUUCUCUGAGGCUGCUGAGUUGAAGCGCACCAGUACGAAGUGCGCAGCAGCGACUGCACCGCUAAAACUUGGAUGACAGGGGGUUUUUUGGAGCCGUCGAUGAGCGCGUUUGAAGCGGUGCCUUUCUGGUGAAGAUAAGGGGAUCGAGCUCUACCUGUGGUCCCCACCUUCCACCAGUCGGAUCAAUAUGAAAGUCCUGUUUUGUGUGAUCGCGUUGACCUUCGCGGCGAAGUCUGCACUCGGAGGUGGCAAGUUUGAUGAGCCAUGUGACGGCUUGGACUGCAGCAGAGGGUGCAAGUGCUUUCCAGAGAAAGGAAGCAGGGGUCGUCCAGGACCUCUCGGUGAAGUUGGAGCGUCUGGACAGGAUGGGCCACGUGGGGUCCUUGGGCCUUCUGGGCCAAAAGGAGAGAAGGGCCACCUUGGACUGAAAGGACCGUCGGGCCCAAAGGGAGACAAAGGACCAAUGGGGGUGCCUGGAUUCCAAGGAAGUGAUGGCGUGCCUGGUCACCCUGGUCAGCCGGGCAGCAGAGGACCACCGGGACUGGACGGCUGUAAUGGGACCAGAGGAGAUCCUGGAGAUCCCGGCUUUGGGACUGGAAUCCCUGGCGCCCGUGGAUUUCCUGGGCCGACUGGGCCCAAGGGUCAGAAAGGAGAGCCCGUAUUCGUCUCGGAUAACGAUGGUACACGGGGUCCCCCAGGUCCCCCAGGACCCCCUGGCCCACCUGGUUUACAAGGUCCUUAUGGUCCAGUUGGUUUUCCUGGUCCUGAAGGACCUGAAGGAUACCCAGGCCUACCAGGUCCUCCCGGUCCCCCAGGGCCAAUGGGGAGCCGUAGUGACGGAUAUCAAGGAGAGAAAGGAGACAAGGGCGACAUGGGCUUGCCUGGUGACCCCGGCCAGCCAAUGAUCAAUGGCGUUGUGGAGUUUGUGGGUUUUCCCAAAGGAGACAAAGGAAUGCAGGGGGACCCCGGUCCAAAGGGAAUUAAAGGAUACCCUGGAAUACCUGGCCUACCUGGACCCUAUGGCUAUCCUGGAGAAUAUGGAGAAAAGGGCAUUCCUGGAUACCCCGGGAGCAGAGGCGCUCCAGGACUUAACGGACCUCCCGGUGUUCCAGGACUGCAGGGACCCAAAGGACGUCCAGGCAUCCCAGGCUCACCGGGAUACCCAGGAUUCAAGGGAGACCAGGGAGACCCCGGACCCCCAGGACCUACGUCUGUUGUUAAUGGGGGUUAUGCUAUUCGAGGACCUCCAGGGGACUCGGGUUUACGUGGCUUUCCAGGACCCCGGGGUGACCAGGGAUUUCCAGGCUUUCAAGGACCUCCCGGCCAACCAGGACCUGAUCGUUUUGGUCCAGGUCUUCAAGGUCCUCCUGGGCCCAAAGGUGUAAAAGGAGAAGUGGGUGACCCCGGCUUACCACCCACUGGUUUUGAAGGUUUCCCAGGACCCCCUGGGCCCCCAGGACCCAGUGGCCUUCCUGGACCUCAAGGCCCUCCAGGGGACUCUGAAGGUCUACCAACUGCUCCCCCUGGAGUCCCCGGGCUGCCUGGUCCCACAGGAUUGCGAGGAAACAUUGGUGCCAAAGGGUUUAGAGGUGACCCUGGUGACUGCAGAUGUUCUGGAGGAGACUUCUCGGGGUUAGUUGGACCACCUGGACUUCCAGGAACCAAUGGCAAUCCUGGGUUCCCUGGGGUGAAGGGUUUUCUUGGAGACCCCGGUUCACUCGGCUUCAGUGGUCUUCCAGGACCUAGUGGUCCUCCUGGUCAGCGGGGCUUCCCCGGGCGUAAAGGAGAGAAGGGGGCUCCAUAUUACCCCACCCUAAAUCUGGCUCCGAAGGGAGUCAUAGGAGAUCCUGGACCCAGAGGACCUACAGGUGAAACAGGAAAUCCUGGAAGAGAUGGACUGCCUGGCUUCCCUGGAUUUCCCGGACCCCCAGGUGAUGCAGGCAUCGGCUCAAGGGGAGAAAAAGGAUUCCAAGGGUUUCCAGGUUCUAAGGGACGUCCUGGAGGCCCUGGUGAGCCGGGCAUUGGCUUUGAUGGAGCACCCGGCUUGCGUGGAGACCCUGGAGAACCCGGUAUACCUGGUUUGCCAGGGCCACCUGGUUCACCUGGAGUGAAAGGAGAAACUCUGCCUUGCGUAUUUACGGGUGAGGCAGGAGACCCAGGCGAUUCCGGUUUCUCUGGACAACCAGGUCUUAAAGGUAAACCAGGGCUCCAAGGGACCACUGGACGUCCAGGGUUUGAUGGCCCCAAAGGAGAAAGAGGAGACCCUGGCACCGGAGGCGUGCGUGGACCUGAAGGUUUCACUGGACCCAGAGGGGACCCUGGUAUUCCAGGUAUCCCAGGGCAGAGUUUUGACGGGCCCAGGGGUAAGGACGGUCUCCCAGGCCGUCCUGGAGCCAAGGGCCAGCCUGGAGAGGUGCUUGGAGCUACACCUGGAUUUCCUGGACAGAACGGUUUACCAGGAAUUCCUGGAGACAAGGGCCAGCCGGGAACACCUGGAGGACUCGGAAUCCCUGGAUUUGAUGGACGUCCUGGUGCUCUUGGUCGAAAAGGAGAACGCGGAGUUAACGGUAUUCCUGGUAGUCCUGGCCUUCCUGGGCUUCCAGGUGACCCAGUUGGUGGCAUUCCUGGUCCACCUGGCCCUGAAGGUAGCAAGGGUCUGAGAGGACCACCAGGCUGCCCAGGUUUCCCUGGUCGGAAAGGAGAGAGAGGAGACCCAGGUUUCCCAGGGCCUGCUGGGAUGAAAGGAACUCCCGGAAGACCUGGUACUCCUGGGUUACCAGGAACAAGGGGACGCCCCGGUUUACCAGGACCAGGAACUAUAGCUGGAAUUCCAGGAGCACCAGGAAGAAAGGGUGACAGAGGCUUCCAAGGAAUGAUAGGCUUCCCUGGGUUCCCAGGACGUCCUGGCAGCUCAGGAUUUCCCGGAGUGAAAGGACAGCCUGGAGUGCCUGGAGCAAACGGACGCCUUGGGUCGCCUGGAUUCUUUGGAACUAAAGGUGACAGAGGAUUACCUGGUCCACCCGGACUUCCUGGUAGACCUCUUUCAUCUCAGCUUGUAGAGAAAGGAGACAUCGGAGACCCUGGAAGACCCGGAUUUUCUGGCUUUACUGGACCCAGAGGUGACAAGGGUCAGCCGGGUGCACCUGGUCGUCCGGGACGACCUGGAGUUCCUGGUUUCCCUGAUCUGAGUAAAGGGCUGCCGGGAGAACCUGGCUUUUCUGGGGAACCAGGACUUCCAGGCUUCUCUGGACAAAAAGGAGAAUCUGGAAUUAUCGGAUUCCCCGGCACUGUGGGACCAAAAGGCAAUGAUGGCUUUCCAGGUUUACCUGGAAGACCUGGAGAAGUUGGUCGGCCUGGUGCCAAAGGACUACCUGGAGAAACUUUUGGUUAUCCUGGAGCACCAGGACUUAAAGGCCGGCAAGGAGAUUCAGGGAUCCCAGGCGACCAAGGGAAAGUUGGUGAACCUGGCGAUAAUGGGUUUCCAGGAAAUCCAGGUUUCCUCGGACAGAAGGGGAUUCCUGGUGAACAGGGACGUUAUGGAAUAAUGGGCUCUCCUGGUUUCCCUGGACCAAAGGGUCAGCCUGGAUUGCCAGGAAUAGGAAGGGGACUGGAUGGGGUUCCGGGUUUGCCUGGAUUCCCUGGAAAUCGUGGGUUUAAAGGUUUUCCUGGACCUCCUGGUUUGGAUGGACUUAAUGGCUUAGCAGGACCUAAAGGCCUGCCUGGAAACCCAGGUGCAAUUCUGGGAGGUAGCCCUGGCCCUUCUGGUAGUCCAGGGUUGAAGGGAGAAAGAGGUGUUUCCCAACCCGGUGUUCCAGGGUAUCCCGGCCAAAAAGGACAAAGAGGAGAACCAGGUCCUUCUGGAUUAAAAGGGAGCCCUGGUAUUCCUGGACCUCCUGGACCCAUGUCAAUAGAAAUCUUUCCUGGACCUACAGGAGAUGCAGGUCUCCCUGGACUGGAUGGACAGUAUGGUUUCCAAGGUCCUCCAGGUCUUCCCGGCCCACCUGGUCCAGGCACAGCUCAGGGAGACAGAGGUGACCCUGGUCUGCCAGGCUUCCCAGGGACCCCUGGUACAAAGGGCGAACCAGGAUUACCUGGAGUCCCUGGAUUCCUUGGCAGACCUGGUUUAAAAGGACAAAAGGGUGAUGGUGGUUUUGCUGGAAUUCCUGGUGUCAAUGGUUUUAGAGGUGACUCUGGUUUUCCUGGAAGCAAAGGAACGGCAGGAAUUAGAGGGUUUCCAGGUCCGAAAGGUUUGCCUGGAAUCAUAUUUCCAGCUUCACUGCCGAAUGGGCCAUAUCCACAAGGUGAUCCGGGUGUACCUGGUGAAAGAGGAAGCCCUGGUAACCCUGGAGAGCCUGGUCAGUCUGGUUUUCCUGGGCGUAAAGGUACUGUGGGUAACCCUGGUCCAUCAGGUAGACUGGGCAGGACUGGAGGUCCUGGUUUGCAAGGACCUCUUGGGGAUCCCGGACCUCCUGGUUUCCCUGGAUCCCCUGGAGCACAAGGGUUACCUGGUACAAUUGGCCCUCCCGGCAUUCCCGGCAGCAUCGGCCGCAGCCACAGCAUCGGCUACACUCUGGUGAAGCACAGCCAGAGCCCCCAGGUUCCCAUGUGUCCUCAAGGCAUGGCCAAACUGUGGGAGGGCUACAGUCUGCUGUAUGUAGAGGGACAGGAGAAAGCACACAACCAAGACCUCGGUCAGCCGGGGUCGUGUCUCCCCAGGUUCAACACGAUCCCCUUCCUCUACUGCUCGCCCAGCGAGAUUUGCUACUACGCUAGCCGCAACGAUAAAUCCUACUGGCUCUCCACAACCGCACCCAUACCCAUGAUGCCCGUGGAAAAGGAGGAGAUAAGACCUUACAUCAGCAGGUGUUCAGUAUGUGAGGCUCCAUCUCAGGCAGUGGCAGUCCACAGUCAGGAUUUGACAAUCCCCAGCUGUCCUCCCGGCUGGAGGAGUCUCUGGAUAGGAUACUCCUUCCUAAUGCACACAGCAGCUGGCGCUGAGGGCGGCGGUCAGUCCUUGGUGUCUCCCGGCUCCUGUCUGGAGGACUUCCGGGCGACUCCGUUCAUCGAGUGCAACGGCGCUAGGGGCACCUGCCACUACUUUGCCAAUAAAUACAGCUUCUGGCUGACAACCGUGGAUCCCAAUAAUGAGUUUACCUUCUCGCCAGACAAGGAGACGCUGAAGGGAGGCCAGGAGCGCUUCAGAGUCAGCCGCUGCCAAGUGUGCAGCAAGAUCUUGUAGUAGGCAAAGGUGAAAGAUGGAGGAGUGAGGCGGGGAAACAUCAGGAGGGGAUUCACUAACAUUUCAAGAAUUUAUGAUGGAGGAUGAGAUGGAUUUAAAAAAGAACACGUGACUGACUGAAUGGACCUUUCUCCUGUGCUGUGAUGGUUUCAGAAUCGAGUCGAGCAACAUCGACCCCAUUUUGAGAGUUUUUUUAAUCCCCUGUAGGAAUGAAUGGCUUAUAAAAUAAAAGAAGAAGAAGCUGGAGAGAGGAGGAGGAAAGAGAAGAGUUCCAGUGUGAGCGAUCUUCUCGAGAUUAUCACUGAUAAUGGUGCUAUUGUUUAUGUAUGUGUUUAUUACGUGUCAGCUUUCUUGUGACAGAUGUCAGCGAGAAUCAUUCUGGGCUACCUCGGAGAGCGCCCCCGCCCCCAUUUAGCAAACCAGUGCCCCGCACACACACAUUAAGCACCCAAUUUAAACGUUAUCAGCUCAGGAAGUUGGCCGUUAUUGGUUCUUAUCGCUCCCAUAGAUACUGACAGCAGGCAGGAAGUCUCUUACACCAGCUCUGUUAAUGCUGACUAGUGGAAAGCCAUGGAGACGGGCUGAUUUUCCGUGAACUCAUUAUUGCUGUUCAGUUAGUUUUAAGGCAUAGACAAGCAUAAAGUAUUUGUAAUCUAUGAGAAAGCUCAAUUUUGAGGGCUACCUGAGAUUUUACUACAAUGUUAUUCAUAUCUACAUAAGCUCAAACUGGGUAAAGCCCUUUCUGCACAACUACUGGGUACAGAGAGACGUCUGACUGUCAUAUCUAUGGGACAGACAAGCCUACAAAUGCUUUUCAGUGGGCUGAUCACGUUUGAACUGCAGAGCUUGAUGUGAGUUGAGAGUAAAAUUACAGAUUGCUGGUUGAUUUUAAGGUUUUAAAGCGAGUUUGCAUCAUCUUAUUGGGCUGAUCUGAGCAAAGCAGAUGUAAAGCUUCCUUGAAAUCCCAUCUUUGGGAAGAUGACACCUGUUUUCUUCUUGAACUUUUUAUUCUACGGCAGUUUAGCACCACGAAGGUGCCCACUGUAAACACACUGGGGAUUUUUUCAUGUGUUGCAUCAGUACCUGCAGUAUAUUUGAUGUUGGUCACUUCGUUAUUGGUUUGAAAAUCGACUUGCCAAGACAUGUGACUUGCUUGAGGUAAAAAUGGUGUUGAAGCUAUACUUUGUUUUUAAGUUUUUGUGAUAUUUGGAUUAUUUUUCGGUGCCUUACAAUCGGACGCGUGAAUCAAAGGAGUUUUAGCUUCAUCCAAUGAUUAAAAAAACUGUGGAAAACUAUAACUCAUUAGCAAAUUAUUUGUUGUAUAAACAAAAAAAGACCAGAAGUAUUUUGUUUAUUGGACUCCAACAGAAACUAUGAUAAACAAGCAAGUUUCAUUUCUUUAAGUGCUGGUUUUCAUCUAGAAGGUGAAAAGCAUCAUCUGUUUUGGGGAACAGAAGGAACUUAGAAACAAUCCAAAGUAUUCCUAAACAUGUCAAAGUCCCAGCGUAAGCUUCACGUAAGCCUGUGUACAUUUCACAGUGGGACUCUCAGGUUGCUGCUACGUUACCGUUAGUAUGACUUUAAAGGUCAAGUCAGAUUUUUUUGUGCAACAGCUGAAAUGACAAUAGAGAGCUGUUGUUAUUGCACUGAUGUGGACACAGAUGGUUCAGAACAUCAGAGGGGCAUUUAAAUCUCCACCUCCACUCUCACAGGUUUUCUCUAUGCUGCGACCAAACAAGUAUUUCUUUUGAUUACAUCACACUUUUUAAGGCUGCCAUUCGCUUACAUUUUGCAAAAAGAAACAAAACACACGCUCUCUGAUAGAUGAGUUAUUGCUGUACAUAGUGCUUACUGUAUUUUUCAGCAAAUCAUGUUAGCGCAAAGGUGUAUGAUGUUGUUACUCAGUUAUUUUCUUUUCUUUUGUUUUGUGUCCUCGGACAGGUAAGAAGAUGGCAAAAAUUCUGUGCCUUUAAAUAUAGAUUUUGCAAAAACAAAUACAGAAACACACAAAAAAUGAGAAAAUGUAUCAUGUUUUUGCAUUAAAUUUGGUCUUCCUCUGAGUCAAACAGGUUCAUCUGUGCUUGGACAGAGGAAGCGACAGCAUGACUUGUAACCACUACGACCUCUAGCACGUCUCUCUCUGCUGGUAGCCCUGACUUUAACACUCUGCCACAUAGUACAUUUUUGUCUGUAUUGCUUUUUUGUAAUCUAGAUUUGUAAUUACUGAGUCAUGACACUAUCCCCUGGUUUUAUUUACUGAGAUGUGAGGGAAUGGGAAGCUAAUGAUGUGUACAUUAAAUUUUAUGGAAAGGAAAACAUGCCUGUGUUUUUAUAUGGGAGAUAUAUUCACCGCUGAUAAUUUAGGAUGUUAACAGCACAUUUUAUUGCCAGUUUGGACUUCACCACAUGUUCAGAGCCAAAUGAAGAAACACGCUUUAAGAGCCCUGAGUGACAGAAAAGAAAUGCAGUUUUCCUCAAAGAGGAUCCAUAACAAAUCAAAAGUGGCAACGCAACAUGUCUGUUCCUAUAACGUGUUCCUAUUCUGUGCUCACACACUUUGAAAUAAAGUCUCAAAACUACUUAACAAAUGCA